UUGACUAGUUGAUAUACAGCCAUACGAUAAAAAGUCAACAAACAAAUUAUUUUUGUUUUAAAAGUUUAAAUGCUUUGAAUUAAGCAUGAUUUGCCGUUUGUGCCUCAACAGCGUCAACGAUUCGGAUACAAUACGGAUUUUCGAGGACGUUGGCCUUUCCCUUAAUGUGGCUAAUGUGCUGGCCAAAUACUUUUGGUUUGAGCCAAAAAGCGAUGAUCCCAUAUCCACGGUUAUUUGUUUGGCCUGCUGGAAUCAGGUGAACGAUUUCCACCAGUUCUAUGGGGCGGUUGAAAGUGCACAUCGUUUGCUCACUGAAAGGUUUUCGCUGAAAUCCGGCCAGGAGCAGGGGAAAGCAGAGCAAGAUGAGGGCUUGGAGCUCCAGCAGGAGGGGCAGAAUGAAGACCAGGAGGAAGCCUUACCCGCCAGCGAUUGCGACAGCGCUUCCUUCACAAAUGAACAGUUCCUCAGCGAUGUCAUAGCGCAGCAGGAGGAGCGAGGUGAAUCUAAGGCCCUGGAAGAGGAGUUCAUCAAAGAAGCAUCCGAUCUCGAAACGGACAAAAAGGGUCUCCCAGAUCCCGAACCCUUACCAACCUUACCCACGGAGGAACGUAGAGAAACGAGAUCCACCACCAAAAGUAAAUCCCACCAGGCACUCGAACCUACUCUCCCAGCUCCUCAAGAGAGGCCCAAACCUGCAGUGACCAAGUCCAGAGCCAAGAGAAAUAACUGCAAAGCAGAAGAAGCCCCUCAAAAAACAAAACGAUAUGCCGACUAUAAGCAGUGCAUGCUGGAGAUCGAUGCCAAGAUCGCCGCCCACAUGCGACUCACCUGCGACGUUUGCCACGAGGGCCAGGAGACCUUUCUGCUCCUCUGCAAGCACAUGCUGCAGGAGCACCGUCGGAAGGGGUAUGCCAUCUGCUGCAACAAAAAGUUUUACAAACGCUCCUUUCUCACCGAUCACAUCGAUCGUCAUGCUGAUCCCGAGAAGUUUAAGUGCACGCAGUGCGAUAAGCGGUUUGCGGACAAACAGUGCCUGAGGAACCAUGAGCUGCUGAAGCAUCAUCCGGAGGAGGAGAAGACCUUUAUCUGCGAACAGUGUCCCAAAAGAUAUACCAAACAGUAUCUGUUGGAUCAGCAUCGUGUUAUCCACAAAGAGCGUAAUGUUGUGUGCGAUCUCUGUGAGAGGAGAUUCCCCAACCAAUCCCUUCUCUGUACGCACGUCAAGAUGGCGCAUGGCAACUAUGGAACUAUGUGCGACAUAUGCGCCCAGGUCAUACGCGGUAGAGCCGCUUUCCAGCGCCAUCAGCUGGAGCACGCCGGUGUUACCGAACCAAAGGUUCAGUGCGACAUCUGUGGAUCCUGGCACAAGAACAAACACAGCCUCAAGAAACAUGUACGACGUCAUAAUGGCACCGCUGCUACUUGCGACCUUUGCGGAAAGGUUUCGCCCAACCGCAGCGCCAUGUUGAGUCACCAACGAUAUGUGCAUCUCACGGAUAGAAAGCACGAGUGUGGCGUGUGUGGAAAGGCCUUUAAGAAGGCCAUAACGUUGAAGGAACACAUGACCAUGCACACGGGCGAGGUGCUGUACAAAUGUCUUCACUGUCCGAAGACGUUCAACUCGAAUGCAAACCUGCACACACAUCGCAAGAAGUGUCAUCCAAAGGAGUUCGAGGAGGCGCGGAAGGCACGGUCCGAGAAACGAAAGGCCAUCGAUGAGGAGGCGCCCAGUGUCCUGACCAUCUCAACAGGCGAAGAUGGAGGCGAGACCCACAGCAUUUUGCUGACGAACAGCGACGAGGAUCUAAAGGCCGACACUAUCGAGUUCACCCUGUGUCUUAGUCCUGAUACCACAGAUUGAACAUAAUUUCUGUUAAAAUGAGUUACUUAGCAGCUGUUACAAAUUGGCGACAUGGGAGUUAAUAGAUGACGUUUAGAAAAAUAAACUCCACUCAUCUACCCAUUCGCCAAAAUCAUUCAAAUUGUAUAUUAGAAACAAACGUUUAUUUUAAGAUCCUUAGGCUAGCAGCGUUUAACAAAAUAGACGGAUAUUUUAAGAGGAA